AUCUAUACUUGAUGAAGAUCUCUCUCUUUUCCCCUUUUCUCUCCCUUCUCUCCUCCUUCUGCCCCUUCUCCAGAUUUGCGUGUGGUUUUGCUCGGAAGCCUUUGAGCUUCCGAGGUUUUGAUGCUUGAGUUAUCGGGCUUCCCGGCCACUCAAGCAUGCUGGAGCCGUUCUGUGCUCCCUCCUCCGAUGACCCUUCCAAGUUUGUCGGCUUUUGGAUUUUGGGAGGUGCUCGCUGUUUCUUCAGUUCAGCCCACUACCGGACUGGAUUUCUGCCCGACGUCCUGGAGAUCUUGCGCCAUCCUCUCCGGAGUAGUUUGAAGGGUGUCCCAUGGCUAGAUUGGUUGACCUCAGGUUGCUCGAGUGAUUUUUUUCACCUCAUUUCCUCCCAUGCACCGGGCCUACUUUGCUUUACUUCUCCAGUUUGUUCUCUUCUUUGGUUGUUACUCUUAUCCUUUUGGAUAAGGACUAGUUGUAGAUGCCGUAUGGCAGUUUUCUAAUGCAUUGCUAAUACAUUUUUUUCAAAAAA